AUGAAUUUUGAAACAGACCAUAUUGUGUUACAUAUUAAGAAUUUAACCCUCAAUUUGAAUGGAACCUGUCGCAGACGCUCUUAUUCCGCUGUCUCAGGUGGUCAUGCCAUCGAUUUCGUUCUACUUACAGAUUGCACACAACCUUCGACUGUAACUGCAUGCCUGGUUGUACUAGGUCAGAAACGAGUUCAGACCUGUAUAUUUUUGUUCCAAAAGUUUACCCUUCUUUUCUACCUUAGGCUUCAUCAUGGUCAAUAGUGACGCUGAUGCCACCCCACAAAUGACGCCUCCCCGCGACUCUGCAUUCCGCGCUGAGGCUUGGAUCAAUUCCGUUGAACUGGAAUCGAAGUUAGACAAAUGCAUGACUCUUAUCGGUAAUCCGAAUCCCCAUUUUGAAUCCUCCGAAGUACUGUCCAAGCUCUAUUGGCCAGAAGACACGCAUCAGAAUGAGUCGAUUAUCCUCGACGAGGUCUGCAAGAUUGCGCAAAUAGAUCCCGAUGCGUCACGCCAUGCCCCAGAGCUGUUAUGGUACAAGUCCAAAGGAACAUCGAGGUACAAAAUAAGAAAUGUACCAGCACUGCAGGAUGCCAAACAUGUCAAACCAAGCAGCCGUGUCUUGACUAUCAUCGUAUUCAGAAAUCUCAGCCCUAUCACAGUGCUCUCCGGGAAGGAGUUCCUUGAUGCAUGGUGGCAAAUUGCCAUCGCAUCCCUCUGGAACAGAGGCGUGCGUCACCGGGGUGUCAGUCUCGGCAAUCUCACGGUAUACCGCACACGCGGUCGAUUCGUAGGCGUCCUCAACGACUACGACUUAUCGUGGCGUAAAAAAGACAGUCCCAGCGGCGUCAAGCGUACAGGGGCAGUGCCGUUCAUGGCAAUAGACCUUCUCGUGCCAGAAGACACGAUGGGAAAAGUCAAGCGCGCGUACGCGCAUGAUGUUGAAUCGUUCAUUUGGGUCCUCGUCUGGAUCUGCCUCCGCUAUGAAGAUGGCAAGCCCCUCAGCAAAAACAGACCACUAGAAGAAUGGCUGAAGUUGGAUGCUAUUGAAUGCAAGAAUAAAAAGACCUACUUUUGGUUAGUGGGGUUCAUUUAUUCGCGUCCAUCUGGAUCGCAUGAAGCGUCCUGGGACCUUGUAAAAAGGUGCUCUGCAGAGGCCUACUCGAUUUAUACUCCAUUCGGGUACCGCAAACUGGCGGAUCAUCUGGCAUUCAACUUGUUACUUGAGGGACCUAUGCAGGAUGGGGAGUCGUAAAGAAGUGCUUUUUGGGGAUCUACCCGCUUUAUUCGCCAUUUGGGUACCGUAAGCUGGUCGAUCAAUCGGCAGUCGAGCUGUUGCUCCAAGACUCUAUGCAAGGGUGUCUGUCAGGAGACGGCUGGUCGUUCAUAUAGCAAGCGGGAUAUGUCUGUACGUAGUUGAGCCUCCGAGAUAACGAGUUCAAGUUACAAACCAGCGAUCGUGUUAUAGAACAUGACUUUGUGAUCGAUUGAGAUUCCACUGUAACAACGUUUACCGCAUGCCCACAAUUAAUUCAGUGGGCCCAAGUUAUUCUCUGAACGAUCUUCACCUCAAAUGACGUGGUGGUGGCAUACAGCCACACGAGGCUAGUGUUGAGUGUGUAAAUUACACUGGCUGAAGCUUAUUCAGAUGACUUCAAUCGAGUUA